CCCGCCCCCUUCUCAUCAGUCAGUCAUCACGAUUGUACUUUUCACCCUCAAAAUUCCCUUUCAGCACCACCUCCAAAUCCAUCCCUUUCGUGACUCAGUCCAGAACGGAACUCGCCUACUGUCCCAGCUAGCUGUAGCAAUGAGUCUGCUCCGGAGAAUCGAGCUCAUGGAGCCCUACUGCCUCUCACCUCUGUUUCUCGCCCCCGAUACCCUACCCUACGAGCGAUUCUAUCGCGAGCGGUUCAUCUCCUCGCUCGAUCUCUUGGGUCUCGAGCCGACCCCCUUCGAGCUCUUCGACGCCGUCACCGAUCUGAUCCAACUCGAGAGAGCCCCGUCCCUCAGCUCCUACAGGAGGAUCCGCUACAGGGUCGGGGCCGAGUCCUCCUACUUGCUGAACCUGUGCGACCGCGUCUCCGAGCUGGAAUCCAAGUUUGACCGUCUGGUCAGCGCCCGGAGGAUUGCCGCUGGUGACCGGAAGCACAUUUGGACGGCAGAGAUCAAGGGGAAGGACGCUGACAGGAAGUACAAAUUGACGGCGGAGAUCAAGGGGGCAAAGGAGGAGAAGGAGAAGGAGAAGGAAAAGCAUCACCGCCACCACCACCGCCAUCACCACCACCACCACCACCACCACAAGGAAGGGAAGAGCUACAAAUGGAUUGCCGAGAUAAAGGACAAGGGGGAGGAAGGGCCAAUCACGCGGACUUACACAUGGAAGGCAUCGAACAGGGAUAUGGAUGAGAGCAGCGAAUCGGGAUCAGAGAAGGAGGAGAAGAAGCACAAGAAAGAGAAGAAGCACGAGGAGGAGAAGAAGGACGAGAAGUGCACCACGCGAUUGGUGGAGAUUGAGGAGCCCAGUGACCUUGGAGUUUUCACUUUGAGACAGGCUUUCGCAAAGAGGGCUGGGGCUCUCCGAGCUGCGAAGGGCAAGAAGAAGGAACUGUCACCUCAGGAUGCUGCAUUGUUGAUCCAGAUGAGCUUCAAAGCUUAUUUAGUUCGCCGAUCCCGUGCUCUGCGUGCCCUCAGGGAGCUUGCAGUGGCUAAAGCCAAGCUGAAGGAGAUCAGGGCAUUGUUCAAUAACUUCUCCUAUCGCCGCCGUGUAGGUCGUGAUGCAGAGGAGCGUCAGAGAUUCUCUGAGAGGAUUAUUGUCCUGCUCCUUACGGUUGAUGCCAUUGAGGGUGCUGAUCUGAUGGUGAGGGCUUCGAAGAAGUCGAUGGUGGAUGAGCUGGAAGCAAUGCUGGAUGCGGUGGAUCCUCAGCCUCCAGGAAGAUCUCUCUCCAUGAAGAGGAGGACAUUCGAUGUGCCUGAUGGUGUGAUUCAGAAGGAGAUAGCCGAAGGUGUGACACAAAUCGUCAGGAUGCUCGAAGAGGAAGACGACCAAUCAUCAUCUGGAUCCUGAGGCACGAAGAAACUAAGCAAUGCAGAGAGGAUAAGGGUGGGAAGGGUGUAUCUGUUAACUUGCCCAUUUAGUCUUUAUAUAAUGAAUGUCUGUAUAAUGUGUUGUGUUCUCCCAUGCGUUCUAGUGUUUAGUCUCGCUUGCAGAAUAAGUUAGUUCGUUGAGACAUGCUAGAGAAAUGAGGACCGAGAGACUUUGUGUUGUCAUGACGGAAGUGUGCAUCGGGAAGAGUGCGUGUACUCUCUUAUGGCUAUUUUAUGCUUAUUAUCCAGUCUCUCUUGGAGUGCAGUUGGAAAUAUAAGGGUGCCUUUGGAUUCAGAGAUAAA